GUUAGAUCUUCGGUUUGAGUUUUUUAAUUUUUUACUCAAAUUACAUAAUUUUUUUUACGCAAUAUUUACAAAUAUUUAAAGUUAAAUAAAAAUAAUUGAAAAAAUGAGUUUUUUGUUCAGAAAAUCGGAACCCAACGUUACAAAAUUGCGAAUUGCAAUAAUUGGUCAGUCAAAUUUCGCUGCCGAUGUCUUAACGACAAUUUUAGCGCUUCCGGAGAAACCUGAAGUCGUUGGAGUUUUCACAAUUCCUGAUAAGGGCAACCGGGAAGAUGUUUUAGCGACAACUGCGGCGAAAUUCAACAUUCCUGUGUUCAAGUUUGCGGCAUGGCGUAAAAAGGGCGUCGCAUUACCCGAAAUUCUCGAGCAAUAUCGCAGCGUCAAGGCAAACCUGAAUGUUUUGCCAUUUUGUUCGCAAUUCAUCCCCAUGGAGGUAAUUGAUGGCGCGGAAUACGGAAGUAUUGCUUAUCAUCCGUCAAUUUUGCCGCGUCAUCGUGGUGCAAGUGCAAUUUCGUGGACACUCAUUGAAGGCGAUGAAAUUGGGGGAUUUACGAUCUUUUGGUGUGACGACGGUUUGGAUACGGGACCGAUUUUGUUGACGCGCGAAUGUAAAGUUGAGAUAACAGACACCCUUGAUUCGCUUUAUAAGCGAUUUUUGUAUCCGGAAGGCGUAAAAGCGAUGGGAGAAGCUGUGAAAAUGAUCGCGAACGGAGUUGCUCCGAGAAUUGUGCAACCUGAGGAAGGAGCAACGUACGAUCCGGCAAUGUUCAGAGAAGAAAAUCAAGUUUUGAAGUUUGAGAACAAGACGGGCAAACAAAUUUAUGACUUUAUUCGCGGAUUGGAUUCGACUCCGGGAGCUCUUGUGUACGUAUUUGACGAAGAAACCACAGAAAUUGUUCCUGUUCGACUUUUUGCCGCAGAAUUGUUCGAAGGAAGUCUUCCAACUAACGGAAAAAGUCUCAAAUUCAAAGAAAACGAAAGCUUCAAAGAAGGAUUUGUUCACGAAAAUGGACUUUUGAUCGUUGGUUCUGACAACAAAGCUGUCAAUGUUCAACGAUUGAAGAUCGGAAGUCGUUUUGUUCCUGCGAGCAAAUAUUUUGAUCAAUCCAGCGGCGAAACUGUCUCUUUAGAUCUCACGCCUGAAGAGGAAACCAUCAAAAAUGCCAUUUGCGACAUUUGGAAAAAUAUUUUGAAGAUAGAAAUCACAGAAGAUACAGAUUUUUUCGCUUCUGGGGCCGGAAGUAUGGAUGUCGUUCGUUUAGUUGAAGAAGUUAAAGACUUAAUUAAAGUUGAAAAUCUCGAAAAUGAAGUUGUCUUUUUGGCGCCAACUUUCAACGAGUUCAUUUCUUCUGUAAUUACCAUCAAACGUUCAGGCGGAUCUCAAACCCCGAAAGAAGUCAACUACAAAGGCGUCGUUUUUAACGCAAACAAUCGUGAAAUCCGUGUUCCAACCCAAAUGUUCAUCAAUAACGAGUUUUUAGAUGCCGAAAAUGGAAAUUGUUUGGAUAUCAUCAACCCGAGCAAUGAAGAAGUUUUGUGCAAAGUUGCUGCUGCUUCCGUCAACGACGUCAAUAAAGCAGUAGAAGCUGCUAAUACUGCCUUUUACGGUCCAUGGAGUCAAUUGAGUGCUCGUCAACGAGGAAAUUUGUUAUUUAAACUCGCGGAUUUGAUGGAACAACACAAAGAAGAACUUGCGACUAUUGAAUCUCUUGAUUCAGGAGCUGUUUAUACACUUGCCUUGAAAACGCAUGUUGGCAUGUCGAUCGAAAGUUUCCGUUAUUUCGCUGGAUGGGCUGACAAAAUUGAAGGAGCAACAAUUCCAACGAGCGCAGCAAGGCCUAACAACAUCCUAACGUAUACGAAACGCGAACCAAUUGGUCCUUGCGCGAUUAUUAUUCCAUGGAAUUAUCCCUUGAUGAUGCUCGCAUGGAAAGUUUCCGCAUGUUUAGCGGCGGGAAAUACAGUUGUCAUCAAACCAGCUCAAGUUUGUCCGUUGACAGCUUUGAAAUUCGCCGAAUUGUCUGUUCUUGCGGGAUUUCCGCCGGGUGUCAUCAAUAUUGUCACGGGAAAGGGUUCGUUGGCGGGUCAAGCGAUGUCAACGCAUCCAUUGAUUCGAAAAUUGGGCUUCACGGGAUCGACGGAAGUUGGAAAAACUAUCAUGAAAUCGUGUGCUGAGAGUAAUUUGAAGAAAUGUUCGUUGGAGUUGGGCGGAAAAAGUCCCUUGAUUAUCUUCGGGGAUUGUGAUUUGGAUAAAGCAGUAAGACUUGGGGCACAAAGCGUUUUCUUUAAUAAGGGAGAAAAUUGUAUUGCUGCGGGAAGAUUAUUCGUUGAUGAGACGAUUCAUGAUGUUUUUGUUGAAAGAGUUGUUGCUGAUAUUAAAAAGAUCGUUAUUGGAGAUCCGUUGAAUAGAAGCACUUCUCACGGACCUCAAAAUCACAAAGCACAUUUUGACAAAUUGAUCGAAUACUGUGAAAUGGGCAAAAAGGAAGGCGCCAAAUUAGUUUACGGAGGCAAACGUUGUCCAAACAUGAAAGGAUACUUCUUGGAACCAACUGUUUUCACAGAUGUUAAAGAUGACAUGUUCAUUGCUAAAGAAGAAUCUUUUGGUCCCAUCAUGAUUAUUUCCAAAUUUAAUGCAAACGACAUUGAUGGCGUUCUCAAACGUGCAAAUGCAACAGAAUUUGGACUUGCGAGCGGCGUAUUUACACAAGAUAUCAACAAAGCACUCAAAAUUAGCGAAAAAUUGGAAGCUGGCACUGUUUUCAUCAACACCUACAACAAAACUGACGUUGCAAGUCCCUUUGGUGGUUUCAAACAAUCUGGAUUUGGCAAGGAUUUGGGUAAAGAUGCCCUGAACGAGUAUACGAAGACAAAGUGUGUUACAAUUGAGUUUUAACUCUCUCUCUCUCUUGCUUCUUGUUGUUGUUCACUUUGAUGUGCUGAAAUAUGUUUAAGAAAAUUUAAGUCAAUAA